AUGGGGAAUCUCGGGGAAUAUCCGGCAGACGUCAUCCUCUGGGAUUUCCCAAAGCAGGAGUUACUUGCUCGGCUCUCGCUGCACGAGGGCAAAGUCGAGGGACUCUCGUUCUCGCCCAGAGGCAUUUAUCUUGUGUCCCUGGGAGGCCAGGACGACGGCAGGGUGAUGGUGUGGGACGUCAGUAAGAGAGAGGCUGUGUGCGGGAGCCCGGCCUCGCCGCGCAGCGCCGGCAAUGCCAACGUCGUCAUGUGCUCCAGCUGCAGGGACGAGGUGUUUGUCACUGCUGGAAAUUUCACCAUUCGAGUGUGGGAACUCGACACAGCAACUAAAACAAUCCAUCCAUCUGAAUGCUACGCGGGGCAGCUGAGAGGAAUCCCCGUGUGUGUUCAGAUGACAAACGAUGAUGGUGAUUUUGAUCUUGGCACGACGAGUGGAGAUGUCCUGAAAGUGAACACAAGCAGCAAGGUGCUGACUGCCUGUGGGCCCCAGAAGAAGAAGUUGAGCAUGGGAGUCACAGCUUUGCUUUUGCCGAAGACAGGAGGUUUAAUAGUCGGCACCGGAGAAGGGACUGUAGCUCUCUGUACAGGCUCAGACUUCCAAGUAAAGAAGAGAAUGCGAGUUGAAGGUGCUGUCACUUCCCUGACGUGUAGAGGUCGGGACGACCAGUUCUUUAUAGGGACAAAUAAAGGCCAGAUGCACCGCAGUGCCUACGCUACAUUUAAAGAGGAGCUGGUCGCCGUCUGUCACACCGAAGCCGUCAACGACAUUGUUUUUCCUGAUGGAUCAUCUCUCCAGAUGGAAAAUGGGAUUUUGAUCCAAAUGAACAUUUUUGGCGUAUUUUUAUUGCUUCGCUUCUCGGCCCAGCGCAAAGGAUCAGAUGUCACCGAGGUGCAGGGAGUGCAGGGUGCAGGAAGCGCUCCUCCCUGCCUGCCGCCAGCCUCAAACCCACAUCUUCUCAUCUAAUGAGAAAAUCAGGUGGAGCUUUAGGGUGAUGUGCUGCUGAUACCGCUGAUUGACACGCCUGUGUCACAGCCAUUAGUGCUGACUGUAAGGACUACAGGACUACAUCCUUGCGUAGAUGUUUGAACUUCUUAUCUGUUGCCUGCUCUUGAACAAAGCCUAUUGCUGAUGGGGAAAUACGGGCUUAAUUUCCCUGCUCUGGCUUAUUUCAGAAUCCUUCACUUGCUGAUGUUAUCCUGGUUGAUAAAGCACCCGUGCAAGCUGGGCUUGAAAGAGGCCACACUUGUGUUGUGCCGGUUUUCUCUGUCCUGGUUCAUCUUUCUGGGCAUUGAUGGUGCUGUUGAACAAAAGCUCGCGGUACCUUUCUAGAUGUCACUUUCUGUUGCAUCCCUAGGACGAGUGGCUUAGAGCUUAUUUCAAAGCACUGUGUCCCAUGGCUUUUGAAAUGCUGCAGGUCUUGUUUUAUUCCAACGUUUAUAACAAGUAUAUUAUGAACAGACUUUGCCAUCAUUUCUAUUGCCUUCAGCGCUGUUGAAUGGGAAUCAUCCAGUAAGCAAGAUAAAAAAUGACAUCUUUACAAUGUGAGGCUGCUGUUAGUGGCUGAUGUUAAACCUGGGCAGUCAGCACUUUUACACCCACUUUUGUGUCUAUUCUAUAUAACACAUGAAGUUGUUUAGAGAUUGAAUAUGGGGAAUAAACGUCACAGCUUCAGCAGAAAGAGUUCUUUUAGUUUAACUUUAACUGUUCCUUAAAAUGAAUCUUUGAAGAGAACCCAAACCAGGGGAAUUUCAUGUGAGAAAGGUGAUCCUCCAAAAAAGGCCUUUGUCUUAGCCAUGGGGAUCCCUGUGGGGCAGAUCCCAGCUGCAGGUUAGCAAAGCCGAGCUUUGGAGGCCGAUUUGAGCUGUGACAAAGCAAGGAGCGUUUCUGUGUGCCCCUCCUCGUUACCUCUCCUCUCUGAACUCUCCAGGGGACAUUCGGACUUGUUCGUUACCUGCUCCACAAACGACAUUCGAGUGCGGUACACGCCGGAACGUCUGGAGCGGCUGCGAAUCACCGUCCCCAACGUCACCUGCCACGCGGUCGAGGUGACGAGGGACGGCAUGGUCAUCGUUUCAGGUGAUGGUCAGUCCAGAGCCGUGGUUGCUCAACUUAAUAAACAUCAGUAUGUUAAAACGAAGAGAAGAUUAAAUUGGGAAAGCGUUUAAAUGGAGUUCAUGGCGACACCCAAAGGCCUCUUUGCUUGCAGCUGGUCCGAUGGACUUUGCUGGCAGCCCCGCUGUCCUGGUGCUGCAGUUGCGGUGAGGGUAGAAGGCAAGGGCUGGAGACCUUGCUUUGGAUCAGUGAAUUCCGGCAAUCCAGAAUGCGGUUCAGUCUUAUUUAAAUUACCUAAUUCUAAAAUAUCAACCUUGUUGUGUGCAGCAGCUUCACCUGUGAUGUAUGGAGAGCACAUUUGCAGAAAGCUGCCAUCCAUCGCCAUGUGCAAGUUGCUGACACAGGGGCUCCUGCAGUCCUAGAGCAGCCGUGCAGCCUCCCCAUGGUUACCAAACCACUUUGUCCACAGCCAGAAUCCAAAAGCAAUUACAUUUCAACAGUGUGUUUGGGACCGUAGCUCUGCGGGCUCAUCUGCAGUACAGUGGUUUUCACGGGUAUGCUGGUGAUCUAACAGCGUGGGCCUUAUGUGGGAACUUCUUUAUAAAAAGGGGUUGGUUUGGAAAGGAAAGAGCGACAACAGUGUGAGGAAAGUCUGUGCGCCCGGGCAGUCUCUUUCUUUCUGUUCAUCAGCUUGGAAUGACGGGAAAAUCCGCGCCUUCGUGCCCGCUACGGGAGAGCCAAUGUACGAGAUCAACAACGCCCAUAACCUGGGAGUGACGGCAAUUGCUGCGACCAGCGACUGCAAACAGAUCAUUAGCGGAGGAGGUGACGGGCAGGUAAUUUGUGCUUCAAAACCUGGAGCAGCUUCGUGCGCUCAUCACAGGGCCUGCGAAUUGCCUGGAAGUGCUCAGUCAGAACGGGAGCUGUUCUGAGCUGCCGCUUGAGCCAAGGGCUGAGUUCAAAGAUAUCAGCUUUUGAGAUGUGCUGUUGUUCUCAGAGGGCAUCAUGUAAAACAGUGCCCCGAUUUCUUCUGGCAUGGCAGUUUUGGAAAUCCUUCUAAUGCAGAAUAUGCUCUUCAUCCUUUUUGUUCAUUUGUCUCUCCCCUCUAUUUGGCUGUAUUUGUGCAGCUGAGACAGAAUUACAACUAAAGGUUGGUUAAGCAGAAAGGAGAACCGCAGGGGCGCACUUGCAGUACUCGUUGGGAACACAAAAAAGCUGCUCUGCGAUGCCAAUGGUUCUGUCAGAAUCAGUCCUCAGGAAGCUGUGACUUCAGGGUUGCUGAAGGGAUCGGGAUGCUCUGAGCUUUGAGCAAGUGGCAACUGGACAUCCAGAUCCCUUCGGGAACUCGGCAUCAGCCUCGAAAGCGUGGAAGGUCAGCUCUUCUCUGCCUUUGAUGCCCGUGUCUAAAUGUCUAAAUUUUCCCUGGGAUUUGGCCUUAGUGGAAUGUCGAGGUGAACAGACAUUGCAAUGUUUGGCACUAGUGGGACAGGACGUGCAAGGUGUG